CUCCUGUAAGUGUUAUUUAAGGGCUACCGUUGUCUGUAACCUCACUGUCCCCAUACCGACACCAAAGAGCCAUGAUGCGUGUGAUCUGCCUGCUGCUGCUGGCCGGCCUGGCUGCCGCUGACCCGCUGGAGGACGAUUGCCUCGCCUGCAUGUGCUACGUUUCAAGCGAUGGAUGCGUCAUGAAUGACCCGCCGUGCAUGAAGACAGGGGACGGAGAGUACGACGAGGUGUGCGGCCCUUGGGCCAUCACCUACUGGUACUGGUACGACGGCGGAGAGCUGCUGGGCGACUUUUACACGUGCGCGGCUGACUGGACCUGUAACGAGCUCACGGUGAGGGCUUACCUGAACCGAUACGUGACCGCCGAUGAUGCCACGUGUGAGACCUACGCCAGGACGCACGUCGGUGGACCCUCGGGAUCCACCGCGGAUUACACACUCCCCUACUGGGAUGAUGUGGAGAAGUGCCUCAUGAAUAACACAAUGCCUCUCCGUUAGUAUGUACUGAGACCUCAAACACGCCACCCCUCAUAACACACCGAAUAACACCGAUCAGCCACACAAGAAUAGACGAGAAAGAAACUACAAAGGGGAGGCCGCUGCAAAGACUAUCUCUCCUGGGCAUCAACUGGACUGGAAGAAACCAUAUCACACAUCAGGCAAACGUCUCCUUCUCAGUAUAAGCACCUAUUAUAAUCCUCAUGACAGUUCGGUGGCCUUCAUGCACCUAUAUUUUUUCCUGUCUCAAAAUUCAGCUGCCGUUUUAAAUUUUACGGUUUUGUGUUACGUGAGAAAUGUCUAUAUAUGCACACAGUCGGGGUUAAAUAAUUUUGUAUGGUUAAUAUUAGGGCUCUUAAGCAUACAUGUUUCUUUUUUUAGUUUUACCUUCCUCUCGUGUCCCAUGCAGCCUUGAGGAAAUGCUUAUUCAGUUAGCGAGGGUUGAGGAACUGAACCCUUUCUUAAGUCCGUCCCCCAGUCUGUUUUGUACUUUGAAUUAAUUAAGAUGUUACUGAGGAAAUGCCUAAACAGUUAGCGAGGGUUGAGGAACUGAACCCUUUCUUAAGUCCGUCCCCCAGUCUGUUUUGUACUUUGAAUUAAUUAAGAUGUUACUGAGGAAAUGCCUAAACAGUUAGCAAGGGUUGAGGGACUUGCCGGCACACCAACAAACCAGUUAUGGCGGACUGCAUGCUGGCUAGGAAAGCACAGUGUCUUGUUACAGUUGUUCCGUUCCAUGAUUCCUAUGUCUGCAAAUGUCUGCGUUAAUAAAAAAAUAUCCAAAG